AUGGCAUACCCGUGCUUCACCAAGACAUACCGCAAGACCAGCUAUGCGGCUAUUGACCCCUCUAGACCCGAACUAUCAGCAGAGAACAAGACUGUCAUAGUGACUGGAGCAGGGCAUGGAAGCAUUGGUUCCACCGUCGCUCUGGCGUUUGCAAAGGCCGGAGCUCGAAAGAUUGCUUUGGUAGGACGAACGGAGUCGACUCUUCAGAAAACAAAGGAAAGCAUUGCCCAGGCAUACCCGGGCGCGAAUGUCAUGGUGUCGGCGGCAGACAUCUCCAAGGCAGAAAGCGUCGGUACGGCUGCUCACCAUAUCCGAGUCGAACUGGGUGCUUGGGAUGUUUUCGCGAACUGUGCUGGACACUUGCCCGAUUUGACCUCCAUUGCUGGUGCAGACGAGGACGACUGGUGGAAGGCAUUCGAAAUCCACGCCAAGUUUGCCACCCAUUUCGCGAAGCAUUUCUUACCCAAGUGCCGUCCCAAUGCGGUAUAUAUCAACACAAACGCUGCGUCUUGUCAUCUGCCUGCCUCGCAUUUCCCCAAGACUUCGGCUUAUCUUGCGUCCAAAUUGGCCAUGGCAAAGCUCGACGAAUACCUGGCGGAGGAAAGCCCGCAGCUACGAGUCUUCACGGUGCACCCCGGGGUGGUUCAGACCAAGAUGGUCGAGAAGGUCAUGCGCGGCCUUGAUCGUGUGCCUGCAAGCGACGUCUUGGACGAGCCCGAAUUGCCCGCGAAUUUCAUGGUAUGGUUAGCCAGCGGGGAAGGCGACUUUCUGAAAUCAGGAAGAUUUCUGUGGGCUAAUUGGGACGUGGAAGAACUGAUCGCCCGCAAAGAAGAGAUUCAGGCUGAUCCGUCCUUGUUCAGAAUCACCAUUGGAGGGUGGCCGUUCCAGUAG